AUGUUAAAUUAUCUAGCAAAUCAAGAAAAAAAUGCACUCUCAGAUAAUCCUAAAAAUCAUAGCUAAGAUGUAAAUAAGAGAUUCUCAUAUGCUGUAAAAAAUAAUAUGAAUUCAGAAAAUGAGAGGCAAGCUAGCUUUAAGUCAUAAAAGUAAUCGCAAACGCAAGACUAAUCAAAUAAAAGUAGAAGUAAAAUCUUAGAUGGAUAAAAAUUCAUAGACAUGCAAGGAGAGGAUGAAGAACUUAACCCAAAAUUUGCAUUACUAGAUGCUGAAACAGCUUCUGCUAAUAAUUAAUCAAUACUCAAAACAAGGAACGUUUCUAAAAAAAAGAGUCUCGAUUCAUGGGAUUAAGAAGACCCAGGUUUUACAGAUGUAAGGAGUUUUGGUAAUACUUUAAGCGCGUUUAAAAGUAAAUAAUUCUACCAAAAUAAUCGUCCUUUCCCUUACAGAAAUUAACCUAAUUUUCCAUAAAAGUUUGGAAAUAGAUCUAAUUUUCAUUUUGGUGGCACCUCUAAUUCUUCUUCUAACUAGUAGACAUCUAAUCUUCGAAAUUAAAAAGAAACUAAUAACUAAUUAGUUGUUUCAAGCUAAAAAUUUUCACCAAAAUAAAUGGAAUACUCUUAGAAAGUUUAACUUGAGGGUAGAUUUAUCGAUGGUAUUAAUCAAAAAAAUAAUGGAGAGAGAAAUAUUGAAGAAGGUAAUACUAGUGAAGAGGAAGAAGAAAAAAACAGUUAAAUGCUAAGAGUUACUGAGGAAUAAUUUUUAAAAUGGGAAAACAAAGAAAUUGCAAAAGACAUUUAUUAAAAUUAAUUGAUGAAGAAAUAUGGAGACUCUUAAAUAAACUAAAACGCAUUUUACAAUUUUCAUCUUUCCAAUUCUCCCAACUCCUUACAGCCUUUAGCAGAAAUGAAAAUAUAUGGAAAUUCGUUUAAUUCUUUGAGAAAAGAUCAAGAGUAGAAUUAGUAAGAAACAAAUACUCAAUAAUAAUAAUUACAAUAAAAAUUGAAAAAAAUAGACCUAAAUACUAAUCUAAAAUUUCCGACAUAGAAUAACUAAUAAAUAUUAUUUCCAAGCAGCUUUAACAUAAAUUUACACAUUCAAAAUAAUUAAUAAGUUUUACAAUAAUUUAAAUCCUAGUAAAGAUUAAAGUCAUUUUAGCAAUAUAAAUAUCAUACAAAUUAUUAUAAAGAUUCUCAUUCCUAGUUAGAAGAAAAUAAAGCUGCUAACUUUUUCAACAAUUAAAACACUUCUAUCCAAUAUAACUAAAUAAGUUAAGAUAACUCAAACCUUAAGAAUGUUGUUGAGCCAAAAGAAAUUUUAGGUUAUCUAGAUUUAGAAAAAGAAGAUAAUGAAGAAAACUAGUCAAAUAGCUUUAUCAAUAAACCUAUUCAAGUAAUAAAUACAUUAUCUUCAAAGGUAGCACCAAUUCACAGCAAAAAAAUUUACAAUUAAGAAGAAUUUGAGAGUGAAGCUGAUUCUAUAAUUAAUAGCAGAGUACUAGAUUUUAAUUUCAAUACUUAGAUUAAGUCAAAAUCUCUAUCUCCUUUAAGAUUCCCUAAACAUAGAGCUAUUCCUCCAAUAAGGCUAAGAUAAAAGAAAAGAGAAAGAGAGGAGGGAUAACAUGAUUAUGACGGAAAUAGAAGUAUCUAAAAUUUAGUAGGGGAUUCAGAGCACUAAAAUUAAUAAAACUAGAUACUUUUGAUAAAAAAUAUAUCUUUGAUACAGAAAAAUAUCUAAAAUUAAAAAUAAACUAAUAUUCCAAGCACUAAUAUCCAUAGCCCAGGUAAUUUUUAAUAAGUAGAUUAACUAUUAAACAUUAUUUCACCUUCUCUGUACCCUUAAUAGUUAAAUUUAUAGCAAUAAAAUAUAUAAUAAAUAUAGAAUUAAUAUUAGAAUUAUAGUUAACAAUAAUAAAUUAUACCUUAAAAUUAAAAUAUUGACUAAUCAUCAAAUAUUCUUUUAAGUAAAUAAUAUGAAAAUGAAAAUAGUAAUAAUAAUAUUUAAAAUAAAUAAUUCGAAAUUACACAAAUUCAAAGUAAAAAUGACAUAAAGGUGAAUUAAGUGAAUGCCAAUAGCACCUCAAGUGAUAAAAUGAAAGUGUUUUAAUUAAAAUUUAAUGGAAAUUAGUUUGGUAAAAGUCCAAGUAGCUAAGAAAAUAUAACUACUACACCUUCAUAUAUUUAAAAGUAUGUAAAGAAGAAGUAAUCUCCCUCACCUAGGUAAUAGUCUCCUUGGCUAAAUGCUUAAAAUUAAGCUUAAAAUAAUAUACCUUCUUUAAUAAUAAAUUAAAUAUAAUCUUUAGAUUAGUAGGCCCUUAUUUAAAAAAAAUUUAGCUAAAAUUCUCUUACUAGAAAAGAUUCAUCACAUAUUUACCAUUUAGAUAGUAGUUAGAAAAUCAAAAAUACUAUUGAUUCAAAAGUUAUGAUUUAGACUGGAUCUCCUAAAAGUGGAUAACUUUUAAAUUAAUACCAGUAGCAUAUUGACUUCAUGGAUUAUAUUUAAGGAAAAAGCGCAAAUAUUGGCUAAAAAUAAAGUAAUACUACAAUUUCUGAUAAACAAGAUGAAAUAAAGAAAUAAAAUUAUCCAAAAAUUGAUCAAAAUAUUAUUUAAAACUAAAACUCAAAUAUAGUAACUUAAAACAAUUAAGAUAAUAAAUUUAAUGCUGGGUUAGAUAAUAAAUAAAGACUUGACCCAGUUAGAAAAGUAAAAACUGCUUUUGUGCCAAAUUAACAGCCAAAACAACAACAUUUAAAUUAAAGUUUUUAAGGGAAAGUUAACAAAAAUAAUUAAAAAUUUCAUAAAUUUGGAUAAUAAAAAAAAGUUAAAAAUACAAAACAAACAGAGGAAACUAAUUUUAAGCAAGAAUAUACUAAUAAUAAGAAUUAAGAUCAUAACUAGUUAUUAAUUAUGAAUUCUUUCAAGAAUAAAUAAAAUAUUUAACAAAAGUAAGAAGAAUUGCAAGUUAAUUGA